CGCUGGCUCCACGUGGGGUGCCAAAGAAGCCUGGUGCCAAUGCCAAGCCUGCCUUUCGCUACAAGACCGCAGGGCAGGAUACACACGCGCCUCUCCGCCCCGCCACCACAAUGCCUCCUAAGUUUGAUCCAACCGAGAUUAAAAUUGUGAAGCUGCGAGCAGUGGGAGGCGAAGUGGGUGCAACAUCCUCGCUUGCCCCCAAGGUGGGUCCUCUUGGCCUGUCCCCUAAGAAGGUUGGUGAGGACAUCUGCAAGGCCACCACUGCUUGGAAGGGUCUCAAGGUGACAGUGAAGCUGACCAUCCAGAACCGUCAGGCUCAGGUGGAGGUAGUGCCCUCAGCUGCUGCUCUGCUCAUCCGUGCCCUUAAGGAACCACACAGGGACAGGAAGAAGGUAAAGCACAUCAAGCACAAUGGUAGCGUGAGUUUUGAUGAAGUGAUCAACAUUGCUCGCAUCAUGAGGCCUCGUUCCAUGGCCAAGACCCUGAAGGGCACCGUGAAGGAGAUCCUGGGUUCAGCAAACAGUGUGGGCUGCAGCAUUGAUGGCCAGAACCCCAGAGACGUGCAGGAGGCGGUGGAGAAUGAUGAAAUGGAGGUGCCAGACGAAUAAAGACCGGCUGCUGCAGAGAGAGGAACUGUUUUAGUCAAUAAAGGAAUAUAUGACA